UACCUGUAACUGGAUUCAUUUUUCAAGUUAGAUGUUUGGCUGUUUUAUCUCCUGCAAAAAGGAGUCAUGCCAGCCAGACACAGUCCUUCCAGGGCCCCUGGCAGAUAGGACAGAGUUGACACCACAACUGUUGAGACAAUUGAGCACUGGAUUUGUGUUGUUCAAAGAGGGUCUCCUGCAGCAAUGACCUCCUCAUGUCUCCUGACCUUUCUACUUCUGGCUUCAGCUACAGUGGCCAGUCUCAGAGGUGGCAGUCAGUGCCCAGCUUGUGAGGGGCCUACCAUGGACCUGGGGAGCCAGCGGGAGCUGCUUCUUGACCUGGCCAAGAGAAACAUCCUGGACAAUCUGCACCUCACCCAGCGCCCAACCCUAAACCGUCCUGUGGCCAGAGCUGCUCUGAGGACCGCACUGCAGCACCUCCAUGGUCCCCCCCAGGGAACACUUCUGGAGGACGACAGGGGACAAGAAUAUGAGAUCAUCAGCUUUGCUGAGACAGGCCUCUCCAACAUCAACCAGACUCGUCUUAGUUUCCACUUCUCUGAUAGAACUUCUUCUGGUGGCAUGGAGAUCCAGCAGGCCAGCCUCAUGUUCUUUAUACAGCUCCCUCCCAAUACCACUUGGACUAUGAACAUGAGGGUCCUUGUGUUGAAUCCACGUGACCCCAACCUCACCUUGGCUACUCAGCAGCUGCUAGAGAUGGAUACCACUGGCUGGCACCAGCUCCUCCUGGGGCCUGAAGCUCAAGCUGCCUGUAGCCAAGGGCACCUUACCCUAGAACUAGUACCUGAAGGCCAGGUAGCCCCCAACUCAAUCAUCCUGGAUGGAGCUGCCCAUAGGCCUUUUGUGUCAGCCCGGGUAAGAGUUGGGGGCAAGCACCGGGUUCGCAGACGAGGCAUCGACUGCCAGGGAGGGUCCAGGAUGUGCUGUCGACAAGAGUUCUUUGUAGACUUCCGUGAGAUUGGCUGGCAAGACUGGAUCAUCCAGCCUGAGGGCUAUGCAAUGAACUUCUGCACAGGGCAGUGCCCACUACAUGUGGCUGGGAUGCCUGGCAUUGCUGCCUCCUUUCACACUGCAGUGCUCAGUCUGCUCAAAGCCAACACGGCUACUGGAACUGCUGGAGGGGGUUCAUGCUGUGUGCCCACAGCCCGGCGUCCCCUGUCUUUGCUCUACUAUGACAGGGACAGCAACAUUGUCAAGACCGACAUACCUGACAUGGUGGUAGAAGCCUGUGGGUGCAGUUAGUCUUUGUGAAAUGAACAAAUAUCCCUCACAGAGGUGCGCCUCCUCAAAGAGGGAAUGAUUCCAUUCCUGCCUCUGUCUAGAAUGUGGACUGCAUCUUCCUGAGCAACUUUUGGAAAUUGUCCCACCUUGGACUUGAGAUCUGCAUCUAAGAAGAAUCACUAUCCUCAUAACCUCUCUCCUAAGGCAUCAUCUUUUCAACAUGUCUCUCAUGCUCAAACCCCAUACCAGGGACUCUGAUCCACCUCCAACCAUGAGCAGUACCUUCAGGUUUCCAGGCAAAAUUCACCCUUAAUCAACCCCGUUAUCUACUAUGCCUUCACAGUUGACUGGAUCAACUGCCCUUUCCACUGGAUGGUCCCCAUUCCAGGGCAGUUGACCCAGUCACUCCCUCUGAUUUUUCUGGUUCUCCAAAAAGCCCCUUCCUUGGAUUCACCAAAGAUUAUUGUUCUCCAGAGUGACACGUACGCCCUCUGUGUAUUGAGGCCCUUGCCUAAGUGUGUUGCUAAUGCUCUCUGCACACUCACAUCCAUUCUUUGUUUUUUUUCUGCCCUGCACUGUGCCCUUGAAGACUGACUCACCUGAGCUCCCACACCUUCUGGCUUCCUGCUGAGUUUGACCAAGGGGAGACCCAGGCAGAUGACCAAGGGAUAGGAGGAGACGGAGGUCAGACUAUUUCUCAUUCCUGCUACCUAUUUAUCUAUAUGUUAUGAUUCUGUGUAACUGUGGCUGGGUUGUGUCCCUGAGGCUCCCAACUGACUACACCUUCCAUGAUUUCAGCUCUGCCUAGAUUUUGAUAUCAUUGUGUUGACACUGAUGACUUUCCCCCUUAUUAGUCCCUGGUGUGUCAACAUCCCUCACUGGUUCCUUUAACCCUGCCUUUAGCUUUGUAUAUAAUUCCUCUACUAAGUCCUCUUGAUGAAGCAGACAUAGUCAGUUGAGGGGGGGCGGGUCCUCUAUGUCCUGUUAGGACCCUAACACCCCCCAAAUGACACAGAGCCUGCCUGCCUGCUUUUCUCUCUUUACAUGGACUACUCAGGGCUAAGCUAUUGUAUCCAUCUCACACUUCCUGCCUCUUCUUCUCCUAGGAUGCCUCCUCCAUCCUCCCAGAAUCAUACUUUGAUGGUCUCAUGGCUAAUAAAGAACUAGAUUUGGGGGCUGGGAUUGUGGCUCAGCA